ACACCACAUCCAUGAAGACAAUUCGAGACCACAUCAAACCUGCCAACUUCAUGCAAGUUGUUGAAGCAGUGAAGCAGGUGGCAGGUCAUGACAGUGAAACCAAUGCCUACAAGAUCCCCAGCCUUGCUCUCAAAAUCGGACACAGCUUAACAAAAAUUUCGCUACUUGUUGAAAGCCGUGCGAAUGUUCAGAAUGAGUACAGUGCUGCAAAAGAAGCCCGUGCAUUCCGCAGGGUAUACGAUACCCGCUGGAAUGAAAUGAUAUCUGCUGCAUCUCUAAGGACUUUGCAAGAAUCCAGGUGGAACACCCCUCUGCUGCUUCCAUUUACUAAAGAUGUCCAGACUCUCCACUCAUAUUUAGAUGAGCAACAUCAGCAGACUCACUCAAAACUGUCCACUGAGACAUCCCCCCAGUUAUGGUCACAGCUGGCAAAGAUCAGUUUGACCCAAGUCAUUCUAUUCAACCGGCGAAGAGCAGGUGAGGUAUCAAAAAUGCCCCUGUCUUCAUUUUUGUCAAACAAUCCAUCAGAUCCUCACGAAGAUGUGAAUGAAGCUCUGUCUGCAGUAGAGAAGAAGCUAUGCCACCACUUCAGGAGGGUGGAGAUCAGAGGAAAAAGAGGUAGAAAGGUACCUGUCCUGUUGACCCCAGCUAUGAAGCAAGCUUUGGAUCUCCUUGUCAGAAAACGACAGGAUUGUGGGGUUCGUCCGGAGAACAAAUAUCUAUUUGGAAGGCCAUAUGCUUUGACAUGCUACCGUGGUUCUGACUGUCUCCGACAUUUUGCCAAGGUCUGUGGGGCAAAAUGUCCAGAAAGUCUGACCUCUACAAAGCUCCGCAAGCAGACAGGAACUUUGUCUCAGGUCCUUAAUCUUAGCAACACCGAGCUUGAUCAAUUAGCGGAUUUCCUCGGUCACGACAUUCGGGUACACCGGCAGUUUUACAGACUUCCUGAGGGCACCCUUCAGCUUGCAAAGAUCAGCAAAGUUCUCAUGGCCCUAGAGAAAGGACGCCUUGCAGAGUUCAAGGGCAAGACCCUGGACGAGAUCAACAUUGACCCUGAGGAGAACGUGUCCCCAGACAGUGACGCAGAGGAAGCGUAUGAGUCAGACUCUCCAGUGAGUCAGGUAACAGCUAGCCAGAGGAAAGAAGACCAGAUGUCAGAUGGGCACCUGGGCGGUUCCUCACCUCUACCAAGUCCACCACAGCAGAGCACCAUGGUACCUCAUCACACUCAGCAUCACUCUCAGUCACCAACGAGGCAAAGAGCUCGCCAGCCUCUCAAGAAACGGAUCUGGGAGAAAGAGGAGGUCCUUGCUGUUGAGCGGCACAUGAUGUCUUUCAUCACGGCGGGCCGUGUUCCUGGCAAAAGCGACUGUGAUAAGUGUCUUAAAGAGGAAAAAAUAGCACUUAAACACAGAAACUGGCUAGCGAUCAAAUUCUAUAUUAAAAAUAGAAUUACAGCUCUCAAGCGAAAGUUUUAGAUUGAACCCGUUUGUUUGUUAACAUCAGAAGUGAUCCGUUUUUUAUAGUUGUGUAGGGCUUCAUACACUGCAUUCCAAAAUAGUAUGAAAGUGUCAUUUUUGUGAAUAAUUUAACAACAUGUUAAAAGUCGUUUUCAAAUUUGUCAAGAAGUCAGUUAGUGAAUAUG